AUGAAAGCGCCAUUACUCCGACCACAAGUCCCGAUGGGCGACGUCACAACAGAACCAACAAAGAGCCGCCGGCAGAAUAAAGGGCUCGCCUGCGAAGAAUGUCGUUCACGUAAACUCAAGUGCGAUAUGAGCCAGCCGCAAUGUAGCACCUGUCGCAAUCUGGGUGUACCAUGCAUUACAAAUACGGCGCGGCGACCUCGAGGCCCGAGGAAGGGUCAUGUCAAUAUCCUGAGAUCGCGCAUAGGUGGGGUGAUUCUUGUCUGUGAACUGGGUGAGGAGAGCUUUCUACUAAUCCGAAGUACAGCAUCGCUCGAGCGCCAGUUAUAUGAGAAUUCCGAGGCCCAACAGAGCAGACGAGAAAGCUCAACGUCCACCCAACAGGUAUUGGAGAUAGACCAAUCAGGAAAUGUUGAUAUUGGCGAAAUUGAAAAAGGCAGCGUCGUACACUCACAGGACUCACCGGAUGAUUUCUUUUUGGAUGCGCAGUCCAUCGGACUCCUCAAAUGGCCAUCGGCAAUCCCUUCAUUGGAAUUGGAGAGCGAAUGGUGCAAACAUCUUGAACCCUUCCCGGAGUGUACCUACCAAUCCCCAGCGCUAACCCCACAAAGCAAUAUACCCAAGUCCGUGUCAACUGCAUGUCCGAUGGACGCCAGCAUAAGCCCACUGGAACUGGGCUCCCAGGCUAUGACACCGCAAUUCCUGCCAAUUCAGCUUCCCGUGCAGCUGUCAGCCCUAGAGCGAGCAGAUCUAGACGACCUUUUCUUCGACCGCGCUUACCCUUUUGCUCCCAUCAUCCACCAGCAGCGGUACUAUGCGCGGGCAGCCCACGAGUCAGGCGCCAGAGAGCCCUUAACCACCUUACAAUAUGCCAUGCGAACGCUGGCCGCAUCAAUGGGGAGUCAGUUCCAGGGCGUCUUACCGCUCUUAUACACUCACACCUGCUGCUUACUGGACGUGUGGGAGCAACAUAUGCCAAACGAGGCUCUUCCCAUCGAAGUAGUGCAGGCGCGGCUACUUCUGGUCCUCUACGAGAUUCUAAAAAGCAACCCCAGCAAGGGAUGGAUUAGCGCUGGUCGCUGCUUUCAUCUCGUCCAUCUCUUGAAGCUAGAUCAGAUUGACAACCCGAAUACCUGGCAGACAUCCAGUCUUUCCUGGGUGGAGAUCGAGGAGAGACGGAGAACGUUCUGGACAGCAUAUGCGCUCGAUCGCUAUGCGAACCUCAUCCUCACCCGCCUGCCCGCCCCAGAGGCGGCAUUCCGACAUCAACAGUCUGCUACGACCGAAUAUCUGGCCCCGGCCAUGGCGAGAAAAAGCGAUCAACAGCUAUCAUCCUACGCGAAAUCGAUCGUUAUGCUUACCAUCCUUGCACGCUGCCUCUCCCACAGAAACCAAUGCAACGUGGAACGUAUCAUGGACCCUACAUCCCAGGAGUGCAUCGCCCGCCAUCGAGCACUUGACAUCAUAUUGAGUCAAGAGAGUGAGACGACAUUGUCCAGCGCUACGGCCGAUUUCGCACCGUCUGACCCCACGUCUAUUUUUAUCGACAUGUUGACCCAAGUCGCAGUUUUGGUGCUCUUUACUGCUUUGAACUCGGUACCUGAAGCCGCAGAAAUGUACCAGGACAUGUACGGAAGCUACGAGACCAAGGCUGCUAUAGCGACGGAAAGAAUUCACCCAUUCACACCGAUCGCGCUGUUUAUCUGUGCCGAGCUUUCGCGCUCAUGCAAGGGGUUCAGCCACAAGUCCCCAGCGCAGUUGAAGACCAUUUCUGCCGCCUUGAGUAAUAUGGCGCCUGUUAAUAACCUUGCCAGGAUGCUGGAGCUUGAGAUUCAGCGUAAUGCGGAGAUUGUGCCAGCAGCUAUAGGUUUCUGA